GCACAUUUACCCGCCAAAUCGGAGGCGACGACGACGAGAUAAUGCGGACAAUGCUAAUCGUUUUCUGCGGCCAACGAAUGCUGCGUACGGACCGCGUACCGAUUCCCGAGACGCGUCAAGAAUGUUCGCUGCGUAACGGUCCGUUAACUGUUUUCCCGCACGCGCCCGUCCUGUUGCCCGUGUGCGUGUCCGGCCAUCAUGAAGUCCUCAAAAAGUAGUAAAACAAAUGUUGAUGAUAUAAGUAGAGAGACUCAACGAUUAAUCAGUAGUAGUCAUGUUCGUUUACCAUAUCAUAAACCUAAACAAAAAUCUUUGAAGGACUUCCUUAACAAACGAAAAAUCGCUAAAGAAUAUCAAGCAUCUAUAACUGGUUCCAAAAAAUUACUAGAAAAAGCAUGGGAAUUUAUUGAAGCUAAAGAACAAAAUGUAGAAAAGUUUUAUAAUGAAGAUUGUAGUGAAGAUGAAGAUAAUGAAGAGUUACCAACAAAUAAUGAUGAUGUUGAAGCUAAAAAUAAUGUUUCUUUAAACAGCAACAAUGAAAAUGGGUCCAAUAAAGGUUUUAGUGAUGAUGAAGAAAAUGAUGAUAAUAAUUCAGUUAUAAAUAAUGAUUUAUCAGCCAACGAUGUAAUGUGUUCAUUUAAUGAUGAUGAGGAAGAAGAUUUCAGAUCAAUAUCUUCAUGUUCAAAUAAAUCUCUAACAGAACAAGAAAAAAGUAAAAAUAUUGAAUUUAUUUCAAAUCAUAACGAUAUUGAAGAUAUGAACAGUGAAGACGAAUUAACAGUCAAUGUGGCUAGACAAUUUAUUGAUGAUUUAGCAGAGUUGUCUGAAUCAGAUAAUAGUUCUGAAGAUGAUGAAAAUGUACCCGAUUUGAUUGAUGACUCUGAUGAAGAUGUAAAUGAAUUUUCUAAGAAAAGGGUUCGUAGAUUAGUAUUGUCAGAAAGUAGCGAUGAUGAUUCAAAUUUAGAAAUUAAAUUAACAACUGAUGAUUUAAUGCCUUUAUUGAAAGAUCCAGAAGAAACAAAUGUCUGUACUCAACAAUUGAUGGGUCUCUGUUCUGGACAGUUUCAAACACAAAAAUCUGAAGAACAGGAAGAUAAUGAAAACAUUGAAGAUGAUUUUGAUUCAGAAGUUCCUCAAAAUGAUGCAGACGACAUUAUAAAUGAAGAUUAUGAAGAUGAACUUCCAAAACUAAUUUCAGCUAAAGACUAUUUUGAUGAAGAAGCAGAGUUAUCAGAAUCAGAUUGGAGUUCUGAUGAUGAAGAACAUAUACUUGGUGCUAUUGAUAAAUUAGAAGAAGAAGAAGGUGACAAGGAUAAACUAGAUGAAGAUGUUGUUAAAGAUGGAUUGGACAAAAUAUAUAUGCGUCAGCUUUUGGAUGAUGAUCAGCAACAAGUUUCUGCUCUUAAAGAAAUGCUUCUUGAAGAUGGGGAAUUGCAUACCGAUUCUGGCAGAAAAAGGAAAUUCCAAUGGGAAGAUCAAGAUGAUGCUGCUUUUAAAAAACCAUUAUUUUCUGAAGAUGAAGAUGAGUAUGAAGAUGAUGCUAUGAGCGAUGAUGACAAGGCAGAGCAAUGGAGAAAAGAACGUUUCAAACGUGAAUCUUACUUAUCUCAGAAAAAUAACUCUGAUGAUGAGCAAAUUAUUGAAAAUGAAGGAUCGGAGAGUAUUUUACAAUCAUCAGUCUCGGUUGUGACUAAAACUCAUGUUGUGAAGUAUCAAAAAAAACAAAAUAAGAAAAUCUGUGACACAAUUAGUUUGGAAAAUACUGAAGAAUCAUUGCAAUUAAAUGAUAAAAACAGUAUAACUUCAAUUAUAGUCGAAAAUGACACUAUUGAGACUCCUAAAAUAAGUAGUAAUACCAUAAUUGAUUUCCAAGUUGCUAAUGUAAUUGCAUCAAAACCUAAUAAACUUGUGAAAGGAUCAUUUAUGAAACGUAACAACGAAAAAAAAAUGACCAACACAUUAUUAUACAUGAAUAAAAAAUCAAUUAUUGAUAUUGAUGAAAAUAAUAGUAGAAAAUAUAAAGAUAAUAGUGAAAUUAAGCCAAUAAAUACAAUAACCGGAACUGCAAAUAAUCCAUUUGCAUAUUUGUUGAGAACUGACAAGAAUCAAGAACACGAAAAAAAAGAUAUUUCCAACCGUGUAACUAAUGUGGAAAAAAAAGAAAAUAUCUGCAGUACAAUGUCGAGUGCCAAUGUUCAAUCCAGUCAACAGCUUCAAAUCUCAAAUCACAAGUCUGUAAAGAGUAUAUUGAAGCAAUUAGAAUAAUUUAAUGUAAUAUUAUUAAAAUAUAUUGUUUUAGAAAUGUUAAGUUAUAUAAGAGUUAAAAUCUUGAAUUAAUUGUAUUUAUUGUAUACAUAAGUUUUUUACAUUGCUAAAAGUGUUUUGUCUUUCUCAAAAUUAUUAUUAAUAU